AUUUGCAGUCCCGUUUUUCUCCUGCACAGAACGUUUUCGUGCAAAGUUAGAUCUCUCGAAGAUUCUCGGUAUAAUUGUUGAAUUUUGGUGUGCUGCUGAAAAAACUAAAUCUAAAUGGCAUCGAUCAGUUUGUUGAAUCCGAAGGCCGAAUUUGCUCGUGCCGCCCAGGCUCUGGCCGUUAAUAUCGGCGCCGCAAAAGGCAUCCAGGAUGUGAUGAAAACCAACCUCGGUCCGAAGGGAACGAUGAAAAUGUUGGUCUCCGGUGCCGGCGACAUAAAAAUCACCAAGGAUGGAAAUGUGCUGCUGCAUGAGAUGCAAAUCCAACAUCCGACGGCGUCGUUGAUUGCUCGGGCAAGCACGGCCCAGGACGAUAUGACCGGCGAUGGUACCACUUCGACGGUGUUGAUUAUCGGUGAACUGCUGAAGCAGGCCGAUUUGUAUAUUUCCGAUGGGCUGCAUCCACGAAUUUUGGCCGAAGGAUUCGAUCAGGCUCGCCAGCAGGCUAUGCAGAUUCUGGAUCAGAUGUGUCAUCCGAUCGAAAUUAACAAGGAAAGUUUGCUGGAUGUUGCCCGUACCUCACUGCGUACCAAAGUACAUCCCCAGUUGGCCGAUUUGCUGACGGAGGUUUGCGUGGAUGCUGUGCUGGCCAUCCGGACGGAAGGUAAGCCGGUGGAUUUGCACAUGGUGGAGUUGAUGGAAAUGCAGCACAAAUCGGCCACCGACACUCAGCUGGUCAAAGGCAUCGUAAUGGAUCACGGUUCUCGGCAUCCGGAUAUGCCGAAGCGUUUGGAGAAUGCCUAUAUUCUGACGUGUAAUGUGUCGAUGGAGUACGAGAAGAGCGAAGUUAAUUCCGGAUUCUUCUACAAAACCGCCGAAGAGCGUGAGAAAUUUGUGUUGGCCGAACGAGAGUUCAUCGAAGAGCGCGUCAAGAAGGUAAUCGAACUGAAGCGUAAAUUGUGUGACGGUACGGACAAGACCUUCGUCGUGAUCAACCAGAAAGGUAUUGACCCAAUGUCUCUGGAUAUGCUUGCCAAAGAGGGUAUUAUGGCCUUGCGUCGCGCAAAGAGGCGUAACAUGGAACGUUUGUCGCUUGCCUGUGGUGGAAUUGCGCUAAAUUCCUUUGACGAUAUGGACGAAUCCAACCUGGGUUUUGCUGGUGUGGUCUAUGAGCAUGUUCUAGGAGAGAAUAAGUACACUUUUGUGGAAGAUUGCAAGAAUCCCCAGUCCGUUACGAUUUUGGUGAAGGGUCCAAACAAAUAUACACUCACUCAAAUCAAGGAUGCCGUGCGGGAUGGUCUCCGAUCGAUCCAUAACGCUAUCGAGGACAAAAAGUUGGUACCCGGCGCGGCUGCUUUCGAAAUCCGUGCUCACAACAAGCUGAAGGAGCACGCGAAUGGUGUUAAGGGCAAGACACGUCUUGCCAUCCAGGCAUAUGCCGAUGCUCUUCUUGUUAUUCCCAAGGUGCUGGCGGUGAACAGUGGUCACGAUGCUCAGGAUACUAUUGUGCGUCUUCAGGAGGAAAGUAGGCUUAGCGAGGAUCCCAUUGGAUUGGAUCUAUCCACUGGGGAACCUAUGAAACCGGUCGAUCUGGGUGUGUUCGACAAUUACAUUGUCAAGAAGCAGAUAUUGAACUCAUGUACCGUUAUUGCAAGUAACCUGCUGCUGGUGGAUGAAAUCAUGCGUGCUGGCAUGAGCAGCCUGAAGGGUUAGGCUGACAAUAGCAAUAAUUUAUAACAUUCUUCAGUGCAUCGUUUUAGCAUAUCGUUUGAUUUUCCAUUCACACAUAUUAACAUUAGAAGCGCGUUCGAUACGCUUAUUUUUUCUGUCUUUAUGCUUACUUCAAACGCAUAAACAUCUCAAAUGAUGAAACAUAAUAAAUUCUCACACAACUUGCUUAGAA